UUCUACACUACAUAACCUAUUACGUCAAAACGUCAAAGUUCUAAUUUUGCUUCGUGCAAAAUUUAAUUAUUCACAUUUUUUCAAUCUGUAAUGAUUUUUCAGAUCUAAACCUAAAUAUGAGCACCCACGCAAAAAAAGUCUGCAGCCUUUAUAAAAGGGCUUUACGUAAUUUGGAAAACUGGCGAUGGCAGAGGGAUAUCUUUCGUUAUGAAGCUACACUUUUAAGACACAGAUUUGAUUUAAAUAAGGAUGAAAAGGACCCCAGAGUUGCCCAAAAACUUUUGGCAGAAGGCGAAGAAGAAUUAUUUCAGAACAUGCACUACCAGCCAAGACAAUUUGCCUCAAGCCCUGGUGGAGUAGCGUACGGCCGUGAUGUUAUUCCCCCAGACUGGGUUAUGGAUUACUGGCAUCCAUUGGAAAAAGCCCAAUAUCCCAAAUAUUUUGAAAAACGUGAACAAAUGAAGAAGGAAUACAUCGAAUUCUAUGAAAAGCAGUAUGGAAAACCAACCGAAGCCCCCAGUCAUUGAAAGAUUUUAAUGCUUUUAUAUUAAGAUCUAUUGAUGCUUUAUGUAUAAAAUCUAGUGAUUAUAGGAAAUGAAAU